AUGGCUACCUUUGAGCAAGUAAAAAAUUCCAAAGUUGAGUUCGAGAAGAAUAAGAAAAUAUAUAACAAAACCCUGUUAACCUUCAAGGGCGUGGAUGGCGAGGAUGUAUACAACUGUUCUGUUCCUUUCAUAUACAAAGGCAAACGUCACCUUUUCGGCCGCGUAGAAAAGCGUGCCGAAUGGGCUAAUUCUUAUGUACGCCUGUUUGUUGAAACAGGUCGAGAUGAAUAUACACUGGUGCCCAAUCAAAUGAUUUGGCAGUUGGAGGACCCUUAUGUAUCAAACAUCAACGGUGAGAUGAUCAUGGGCGGGACCCAUGUGCGGAAAAUUGGAGGAAAGGUGUUUAAUUAUUAUUGCGACUUUUUCAGAGGAGCACCUGAGGAUUUGAACUACUAUACAUGUGGGCCGGACAAUAUGAAGGAUAUUCGCGUGGUUAUGUUGGCAAAUCGCCGAAUUGGUGUUUUCUCGCGACCAAAGACUGCAACUCAUGCAUAUAUAGGGUUUGCAAUAGUAGACAGUAUCGAGGAUCUCAAGGCGAAGACGGUGGAGGAGGCCCUACCAUUAAAUGUCAUUCAUACUGGUGCUUGGGGAGGUGUUAACCAGGCGUAUUUGUUGACUUCUGAUAAAGUCGGCUGUAUUGGACAUUACAGCUACAUUGAUCAAGACGAGAAUGGUGCACAGCUCACCAUUUACGUGAAUUAUUCCUUUGUGAUGGACCCCUAUACACGUGAGGUGGAGGAUGCUAAAAUUAUUGGAACGAAGGGAUGCUACCCCCCUUGCCCAGCGAAAACCCCUAAAUUGGUGGAUUGCGCCUUUACCUCCGGCAUCGUGAUGCUCGACAACGGCAAAUGUGAUCUCUACAGUGGCCUUGGUGAUGCUUACGUUGGGCGAAUAACAAUUGAUUAUCCAUUCGAAGGUCAUGGGAAACUUAUAGACAACCUUCGGUUUUAG